AUGGAGAAAAAGCCGCUGGGAGUGCUCGCCGCACUCGACGCCGCCAAGACCCAAUGGUACCACUUCACGGCCGUCGUCAUCGCCGGCAUGGGGUUCUUCACCGACGCCUACGACCUCUUCUGCAUCUCCCUCGUCACCAAGCUCCUCGGCCGCAUCUACUACACCGACCCCACCUCCUCCAAACCGGGCUCUCUCCCGCCCAACGUCGCCGCCGCCGUCAACGGCGUCGCCCUCUGCGGCACCCUCGUCGGCCAGCUCUUCUUCGGCUGGCUCGGCGACAAGCUCGGCCGCAAGAAGGUCUACGGCAUGACCCUCGCCAUCAUGGUCUUCUGCUCCAUCGCCUCGGGCCUCUCCUUCGGCCAGACCGCCACCGGCGUCAUCUCCACGCUCUGCUUCUUCCGCUUCUGGCUAGGGUUCGGCAUCGGCGGCGACUACCCCCUCUCCGCCACAAUAAUGUCCGAGUACGCCAAUAAAAAGACACGCGGCGCGUUCAUCGCAGCCGUAUUCGCCAUGCAAGGGUUCGGCAUCUUGGCCGGAGGCAUCGUCGCCCUCAUCGUCUCCGCCGCGUUCGACCACGCCUUCAAAGCCCCACCCUACGCCGUCGACAGGCUCGCCUCCCUCCCGCCGCAGGCGGACUACGUCUGGAGGAUCAUCCUCAUGUUCGGCGCCAUCCCCGCCGCGCUGACCUACUACUGGCGCAUGAAGAUGCCCGAGACCGCGCGAUACACCGCUCUUGUCGCCAAGAACGAGAAGCAGGCCAACGAGGACAUGGCCAAGGUGAUGGACUUCAAGCCCGACGAGGCACAGGAACAACAGGAAAAGGUUAAAACGAACACCGCCGCCAGCAACCACCAGUUCGGGCUCUUCACGCGCGAGUUCCUCAAGCGACACGGGCUCCACCUCCUGGGGACCACCUCCACGUGGUUCCUCCUCGACAUCGCGUACUACAGCCAGAACCUAUUCCAGAAGGACAUCUUCACCGCCAUCAAGUGGAUCCCACCGGCCGCGACGAUGAACGGGAUCCACGAGGUUUUCAAGGUGGCCAGGGCACAGACGAUCAUCGCGCUCUGCGGUACGGUCCCCGGGUACUGGGUCACGGUGGCGCUGAUCGACUGGAUGGGGAGGAAGAAGAUUCAGCUGGUCGGGUUCGUUGGCAUGACGGUGUUCAUGUUCGCGCUGGCGAUUCCGUACCACCACUGGACGCUGGAAGGGAACCACGUGUGGUUCCUGGUCUUCUACGGGCUGACUUUCUUCUUUGCCAACUUCGGGCCCAAUGCGACGACGUUUAUCCUCCCCGCGGAGAUAUUCCCCGCGAGGCUGAGGUCGACGUGCCACGGGAUAUCGGCGGCGGCGGGGAAGGCCGGGGCGAUCGUGGGGGCGUUCGGGUUCUUGUACGCGUCGCAGUCGACGGAUCCGGCGAAGGUGGAUAAAGGGUAUCCCACUGGGAUUGGGAUGAAGUGGUCGCUGAUAGUGAUGGGAUUCAUUAAUUUGGUGGGGUUUUGUUUCACGUUUCUGGUGCCGGAGUCGAAUGGGAAGUCGCUGGAGGAGUUGUCCGGCGAGAAUGAGGCGGAGGAGGAGGCCAAGGGCGGCGGCAGGGAUGUCAGUCCCGUAUGA